UACAAUGUGAACUAAAUAAGAUGAUUAUUAUUAUCAGCUAGGACAUUUAUUCCAUCACAUUAAUGGCAUUAAUUCAUGCACCAGAUAUAGAUCUUAUCAUACAUUUCCUAGGCAAAAAUUAAUGUAAUAUUAAUCUGAUUUAAUAGGAAAAUAUUUUGUUUGAUAUAUUCAAUGAUCUUCCAUAAAUAUAAGCACAGAGAGCUCGGCUAUAUAUAUUGUGAUCCACUGGAUGCAGACCAACAAGGUCAUUAUUAGAUACCCCAGAUUUCUACUCGUUUGAUAAGCUCCAGAUCUUGAGCAUGAGAAGGAAGCCUUGUAUUAAGGAGGAAAAUUUACCUUCAUGGUUUAUUGUUAAAGAGUAUAGACGGGCUACAGGAAGAAUUUACAAGACAUAUUAUGAUGCAUACAAUAAACAAAUGUAUCGUUCAAUAGGGGAAGUGGCAAAGGCUUUUGGACUUGGUGGCAAGAACAAACCUUGUCCGAAGCCUCUGGAUAUUAGGAAGGAAGACGGCUCAUGUGGAUCAUUACCUAUGGUAUCUUACACUAUAAUCCCUGCAAUCCCUGAUUAUGUUGGAAAGGACAUUGCUAGUGACUCAAUCAAUUUGGAACAAGAAGAACUUAAAAAGACUGGAGAUGUUGCAAGCACCAUGAAAGGAGAAGAAGAAAAGGAUAAUGAAGAAAUUGGAUAUGCUGCAAGCAACUUGAAAAAUGAAGAAGAAAUGGCUAAGAAGAUCAAUACUCCUUGGGAAAAUGCAGUAAGCAUGGAGGAUGAAGAUGUUGCGGAAGAAGUGAAGAGUCGGGACCAUGCUUAGACUCAAGAUCAAGGCUUGACAUAUAUCUGCCAUAUGCCUCCUUCAAAUAAGAUCUACGUCGUCUAAUUAUCACACAAUAUAACUAAUGUGUUUGCGUUUUGCAAUAAAGUAU